AUGUCCUCGAAACAAUCGUCUUCGACACUGUCUCCGCCGCCGCCACUGCAGCAACCUCAAACACAACUGCCUAAACCCAUAGCGGGGACCGCGAGGUUGCCCUCUGUCUCAACGAGACCACCACGCAUUUCUGUCACUUCCACCUCCAACGUCUUCCGCAGCCUCUCCACAAUCCAUAGAUCGACUUCUGUCCUUCCUGCGUCCCUCCUGGACCUUGAUGUGGCAUCAACCGCGGGUCUUCAGGUAAGACCUCGUAAAGUCUACACUAUCCUAAGAGUGCUCAUUCUCUAA